AUGAAAAAUGCUGCACUCACAAAGCUCAAAAUUAAUCCGGUAACUUGUUCAAUGCGUUGGUUCUCGCCGAUCCUUUUUAAGGGGUGUAAAAUCAACGUGAAGGCGAAAGAUUGGCAUAUGAGUGCUUUUAAGUUCAAAGUUUUUGAAGAUAGUGAUAUUGAUAUGAAAUGUUGUUAUCUUUUNACGAGUGAUGAAACUGAAAUGAAAGCUUACCGCGUUGAUGUGAAACGAAGACUGGAGAAACCUCUAAAGAAGAGUGAUCGGGAUUGGCGUAAGUUGAUGAAGGCGUUGGAUGAAAAAGAAAUGGCAACGGUGGCUGCGAGUGAAAUGAAUGUGGAGAAGAAACUGAACCUAUUGCAACAGUUGUUCGAGGCGGAUGUUGAGGACUAUAAGACGACGAUAAAUAGACUGAAACUUUUCUCGAAAUUAUUUUGA